AUGCAUGGUCACUAUCAAAUAACGAGAUGUAUGAGUAACUGUGGGAAUAAGCUUGUGCCCGAUUAUGACUGGGAGGUGUCCCUGAAUCAGACACAAGACCAAGAAUUCUUCCACCCAUGGUCAAAUAUGCGUUUUGGGUGGGAACUGUACCGAGGUGGCCAGGUUAUCCUUCAGAAGAACACUACUGAUUCUUCACUACUAGUGGACAACAGCCUGUUAGACAUCAACACAAGCUACAGUAUUCAUGUCGAAUAUGUGGUAGCACUUGCAGAUGGGUUGGAAUUGAACGGCUCUGUUGAUCUGUUGAAUGUUGUAACAAAUGAUUUACCAUUAAUUGGGUCAUGUGACUUCAGUCCAACUAGAGGCUUCUAUGAUAUGACCAAGUUCAACAUAACCUGUACUGGUUUCUAUGACAAUGACUCUCCAUUGACUUAUAAACUGAUCAGAGAUGAAACAGAGUCUCUUCUGUAUGAAGGGAAUGAUACGACAACAACUACCUUUUAUCUUGGUAAAGGACUGGGAGAGAACAACACAGCUUCUCUGGUGUUUAGAGCCAAGGAUGUAUAUGAGGCGACUGCAGAAGUCAGCAUUUCUGUCCAGGUAUUACCAUACGAAACUUCAGGCACAGAAUUGGAUGUCCUCUAUUUUGUACAAAAGACUUUUAUCGAGGGAGAUACAGACAAUGCAGAAAUCUCUGAACUGACACUACACACCAUCGGAGCCUUAGGGAAUAUUAUCAACGAGGACACGACCACAAACUACACUAAUCAAACUGAAGCUGCAGAAAGACUACAAUUAAGGACACAGAUACGAGAGUCGUUGACCCAGUCUCUGCUAAGUGUUGAAAUAGCACCUAGCUUUGAUGAAGUAAGCCAAGUGACCCAAGCACUGGAUUCUCUAAUGCAGGUCAAAGAGGAGGUGACAGAGAAACAGGAGGAGUCAACUGUUGCAGUAUAUGGAAAUCUGGCUGAGAUACUAAAUGAUGUCAAAAAUACUGAUCCUUCGGGGACAAGGUCUACAUCAAAGAAUUUACUCGGCUCAAUGGGAAAUCUUCUGACGGUAAUAAAGGACAGAGGCAAUGUGAUAAAGAAAAUAAACACAACAACCACAGAUCAGGUAACACCUGAGUCAAAGAAAGAACAAUUAGAAAAGGUGAAGAAGAAUACCUUGCAGAUGAUAUCGACAGUAGAGAAAAUUGUGGAUAUUCUCACAGACACGAUAACCGAUGAACCUGUGAUUGUCCAGACAUCAGCCAUGUCCGUCAGAGUCCAGGAAAUGUCUGCAGACAACAGCACAGAAACAAACGUCACCCUCAGUGUCCUUGCCGACAACUCCAGCAUUGGUCUUCUCCUGCCUGCUACUCAUGUUCUGAGGCAAUCAUUGCCAGGGGGAGAUAAUUCCUCUGUUUAUACACAGAUUGUGAUAACCAAGGACAACUUGUAUAGCUGGGACCAGACUGCUGAAAAAAUUACUUCCUCAGUGGUAGACAUAGUCGUCAAAGAUGAACAACUGCAGGCUAUGACUCUCACCAGUAUGUCUGAUCCUGUGACUGUCAUAUUUGAAGUUGAAGAACAGAAUUUAAAACCGAUUACUCUGGAAUUUACAUAUGAAACAAAAACUGGUCAAGUCAUCUCUAGCAACAUCCUGAAGGUCAGCAUUGAAGACAAUGAUCCGCAAAUGUCCUUAUUGGUGUACAUCAAGGCAGAGAAGUUGGACCUGACACUAAUGGUGUACAAUUCCACAGAAAAUGAAACACUAUCUCCAGGAACAGUACAGCAAAAUGGCAUGCCUAUGCCACUGAAUAACUCUGAGGGCAGUGCUGACAUGCUUAUUCUGAACGGAUUCGAAAAGCUGUUUUUGAGGAUAGCAGUUAAAGAAGGACAGAUUAUCCAAGGAAAUCAAACAGAUGUAUCUUUGAUAACGACUAAUGUCUCUGUCAGUAUCGGGACCUACAACACCAUUUGUGGCUACUACAACAACCUAACAGAGCAGUGGGCAACUGACGGCUGUGAGAUUUCCUCUCUAAAAGAUCUGAAGGCAAUGGCUUGUGUCUGCAACCAUUUGACAGCUUUCGCUUCAGGUUUCUUCAUCGUGCCUAACCUGGUUGAUCCUAUAGCUGAUGCUGCUCUUUUCCUGUCUUUCUUUGACAAUCCAGUGGUUGUGAUGACCGUGGUGAUAGUGUGGGGUAUCUACCUUAUUAUGCUGGUGUGGGCACGCCGCAAGGAUCGGGUGGACAGCAUGAAGGGAGGUGUAAGUGUACUGGAGGAUAACUGUGCUGAAGACAAGUAUAUGUACAUGGUGGGACUGGUCACUGGCUGGUGGAGACAUGCAGGCACCACAGCUAAUGUGUACAUGUAUCUCUGUGGUGACCAAGGUUACAGUUCAAAACACUUGUUGUCCGACGGCAUCGCUCGACACUUCCAGACAGGGGCAGAGGAUUGGUUUGUGCUCACUACACCAAAAAGCCUUGGAGAAUUACAAAGAAUUGUUAUAUGGCAUGACAAUGCUGGUGAAAGUCCUGCAUGGUUCUUAAAACAGAUCGUAAUCAGAGAUCUACAAGCAGAAAAGAUAUGGUAUUUUCUGUACAACAACUGGCUGGCCAUUGAUAGAGGGAUUGGGCAGAUCAAGGCAGAGAUUCAGUCACUCACUCAAGAGGACCUUGUCCAGAACUCGCUGUAUCAGUUUGGUCUCAAGUCUAGUAAAGACUUACAGAAUAACCACCUUUGGAUUAGUAUCAUCUCAUGUCCAGCUUACAGCCCUUUUACUCGCGUUCAGCGAUUAUCCUGUGCUCUGUCCCUCCUCCUUACAACUAUGCUUGCCAGUUUGAUGUUCCAUGGGGUGCCCACAGAUGAUCCUGCAGACCAGGUCAGCACAAGUGGUAUUACCUUUUCUCUGUCUGACAUCGUCAUCGGCAUAGAAAGUGGACUCAUCAUGUUCCCAGUCAACUUCAUCAUCAUGCAAUUGUUCACUAGACUUAACCCCAGACCUUCCAGAUGGAAAAACUCUCAGAUCAACUGCCCUGACGAAGAGGACCAACUAAUCGAACCUCAUACAAGUACAAGUACAGACAAAAGUAAAUCAAAAAGCAGCAGCAAAACACAGCCUUUCCGGUUUCCUUGGUGGGUGGUUUACAUUGCCUGGACAUUGGUUGUGUCCACUACUCUGAUAUCUUCCUACUUUGUCAUGUUAUAUGGUCUGAUGUAUGGCUACCAGGCGUCCAUUGAAUGGCUUGUGUCAUUCUUUACAGCAUUCUUUCAGAGUGCCUUUGUCACUGAGCCCCUCAAAGUGUUCCUCAUUGCAGUUCUUCUCGCCUUCAUAUUCAAGAAACCAGUUGAAUUUGAAGUUCUGAGCCAAAGGGACAAUAUGGUAUUAGGCAAGGAUAACAGCCAAUCAGAGCUGCUGAGGAGGAAGGGGAUAGCACUGUCCUCAAUAGCACCAGUAAAGCAGGCGAUACGGCCAGCCAUGCACAAAAGGCUCUCCAAGCAAUCAGAGAAAGACUCCAGCUUGAGGAGCGAAUCACUACAAUCAUUAGGGAGAUGAUCAUGUACUUCACUUUUGUGGCCAUCGUCCUAUUCAUAGUACAUGGUCAUCAGGAUGUGGAAACCAACUAUGGCUCAACAAAAAAUACAGAGGAUAUGUUAGUGUACGGAAAAUACACACCAGUCACACUUGCUGAAGUAAAGAAGGUUGAGGAUAUGUGGAAGUACCUCCAGACUACCGCUGUCCCAAUGCUGUACAGUGACACGGGCAGAUUGGCCAACGAUGUCAGUUACCUGAUAGGAACUGUCAGAC